AAAUAAAACGUUGUUUCUCCAGAAAAAAUUGGACUAGUUGAAGUUUUCAUGAGGAGGAUCUCAGAUUCAACCUGUAAAACCAAACUGGGUCUGAAAACGAACUUCCUGUUUGACCGGGAUGAGUUGUGUGAUGCGAGUCUGUUUUCAUUGUUUCUUCUCCGUAAGAAGAUUAAAGCGUCAGAAGGAUUUAAUCCGUAAAGUUUGGGAAAAGCCAGCCGGAUUAUCUUUGCUCUAAAUGGUUUAUGGGUGUAUAUAAAGAGGCUGAAGACGCUCGCUGAGGUCGGAGGAACUCAGUUUAAAGAUGGGGAAACAUUUUCACCUGUACGAGAACAUCUCCAAGGUGGACCCCUUCGAGGGGUCCCAGCACUACCUGGCCCCAGCGUGGACCUUUCACCUGCAGGCGCUCUUCAUGGGCUUCGUGUUCUUUGCAGGAACGCCGCUGAACCUGCUGGUCCUCCUGGCCACGGCCAAGUACAAGAAGCUCCGAGCUCCUCUCAACUACAUCCUGGUCAACAUCUCCUUCGCUGGCUUCAUCUUCGUCACCUUCUCCGUCAGCCAGGUGUUCGUGGCCAGUCUGAGGGGCUACUACUUCCUGGGCUACACCUUGUGUGCAUUGGAAGCGGCCAUGGGCGCCGUGGCAGGUCUGGUGACGUCCUGGUCGCUCGCCGUGCUCUCCUUCGAGAGGUAUCUGGUGAUCUGUAAGCCGUUCGGAGCCUUCAAGUUCGGCAGCACCCACGCCGCCGCCGCCGUGGUCUUCACCUGGUGCAUGGGGGUGGGCUGCGCCUCGCCGCCUUUCUUCGGCUGGAGCAGGUACAUCCCGGAAGGCCUGGGCUGCUCCUGCGGACCUGACUGGUACACCCACAACGAGGAGUACGGCUGCACCAGCUACAUGUACUUCCUGCUGAUCACCUGCUUCUGCAUGCCUCUGUCCAUCAUCAUCUUCUCCUACUCGCAGCUGCUGGGCGCGCUGAGAGCCGUUGCGGCGCAGCAGGCGGAGUCCGCCUCCACCCAGAAGGCUGAGAAGGAGGUGUCCAGGAUGAUCAUCGUGAUGGUGGGCUCCUUCGUCACCUGCUACGGCCCCUACGCCCUGACGGGCCUCUGGUACGCUAACUCAGAGGAAGUCAACAAAGACUACCGGCUCGUCACCAUCCCGGCGUUCUUCUCCAAGAGCUCCUGCGUCUACAACCCGCUCAUCUACGCCUUCAUGAACAAACAGUUCAAUGCCUGCAUCAUGGAAAUGGUGUUUGGGAAGAAAAUGGAGGAAGCGUCCGAAGUGUCUUCAAAGACUGAGGUGUCCACAGCUUCAUAAUGUUUGGAGCAAAACUCAGAAGGACAUUUGACUUCCCCAAAGGACUUUUAAAGAUCUGAGUUCAGAGGAUCCACAGGAACAACCAACAUGUAAAUACAGUUUAUAUAAGACACCAGAUGAUAUUUUAUUGUAGAAUGCAUUUGUUUAGAUAAAAGCAACAAAAAAAUAAAAUAAAAAUAAAAAUUUAUUCAAUUUA